AUGUCACGAUCUGCUGCUGCUGAUAAUCUUCCUCCUUCCUCUCGGGCUAUCGCUUUACUUCUUGCUUCUACUCCCACUGUUCAGGACGCUCAGCCAGGCGUUCUCCACCAACUGCUCGAGUUCUCACACAGAUAUACAACUCAAGUUCUCUCCGACGCGUUAGUGUACGCCGAGCAUGCAGGUCGCUCGGGGAAAGUUGAGAUGGACGAUGUGGUCCUCGCAGUGCAGGCGCGUGUGGGCUGGGAGUUCGGGGGACGGGUCCCAAAAGAGUAUACACUCUCCCUCGCCACACAGGCAAAUUCUAUGCCACUACCCGCUGCGCCCGAGGUGUUCGGUGUGCGGCUGCCCCCAUCAUCCGAGUGUCUCACUGCAGUGGAUUUCGACCUUAUCCCCAACAAACCACCUCCGGGCGUUAAACUCUACGACGAGGAAGCGGAGGAAAUAGAAGAAUCCGAGUCUGAGGAUGAAGACAUGGAGCCUGCGGCCAUCCCGCCUUCUCAACCUCGACAGGCGCAGUACGAUGUGUCAGUACCACUAGUUGCACCAGAAGGCGUCCUACAAACACCGUCAGACGUGGAGAUGAUGACACCGGGGGUGGCAGCUGCUGAAGAAGGAAGUGACGUGGAAGAGGAUGGCCUCUUUGGAGCCGCGGGAGACGAGGAAGAGGAGGAAAGUGGAGACGAGCCUAUGGAAGAUGUCUCUGCCGCAGGUCCCACUGCUACGAAUGGUAUCAAGCGAAAAUUAGUAGAAGAGGAGGAUUAUGAUUAG